ACGAGCUACACGAUCUAUCCGAAGACCUGAAGUUAUUCUACGGGCUACACCGAUCUAUCCGAAGACCUGAAGUUAUUCUACGGGCUACACCGAUCUAUCCGAAGACCUGAAGUUAUUCUACGGGCUACACCGAUCUAUCCGAAGACCUGAAGUUAUUCUACGGGCUACACCGAUCUAUCCGAAGGCGUUCCGUUCUCCUGCCGGUCAGCAUGCAGCCGUUACCGCUGUGGAGUUUGGUUUCGCUCUUGGCAUGUUUCCACGGUGCCCAGCGCAUGGCCGCCACGGUGGUGCAGGACUUCAACCACGUGGAGCGGUGCAAAGACUCGCUGUACAUGGGCACGCCGCCGCGGGGCUUCCUCAGCCCCAGCCUGAAGAGGAUCUGCCAGCGCUACGCAGACCGGCCGCGCUACGUCACCCUGUACGACUCGCGCCUGCGCAUCCCCGUCUACUCCGCCUACACCUUCAAGAAGACCGAAGGCGACCGCCGUGUGGACUACCCCUGGAUGUACGAGCCGCAGCUGGCGGAGGUGGAUGGGAACGGGAACAUGAUGCCCUUCCCGCAGGGUUACCUGCACAUGAAGUUUGAGGACAGCCAGGCGGUUCUGGACGACUACUCGGACGUGGUUCUGUACGAGCGGGGGCACCUGAACCCGGACCAGCACCAGUCGGACCCGCACGACCGGGCCGCCACCUACACGCUGACCAACGUGGUGCCGGAGAUCCGCGAGUUCAACAUCGGGCCGUGGCAGCAGCACGAGGAGCGGCUCCGCGUGCGGCUCAACAACUUCUGCCGCGGCACCGCCUACAUCGUCACCGGGGUGACCACGGCCGGUCACAUGAUCCGCCGCAACAACCAGGACCGCGUGGGCAUCCCGGAGGACGUGUGGAGCGCGUACUGCUGCACGGACUACGACCGCAACGCGCCGCACGACGUGCGGGUCCGCUUCCCCACACAGGCCUUCCUGGCCAAGAACGCCAAGGAGUUCAGCGCUGUGCACGAGAUGACCGUGCUGGACCUGGAGAUCUACCUCAAGACCAAGAUGGACGUGGACCAGAACUUCCAGAUCUUCUACGACAACUGCGUGUCCCCCUCGCCCCUCCCUCAGUACCUGCACCACACCAUCUAACCCCCCCACCCUCUCUGCUGUGGGUAGAAUUCACCAGGUUUAUGCUUCUGAUUAUCCUCUCUCUCUCUCUCUAUUCAUGUAGGGGUUAUUUCUGAUACAUAAAAUAUGUGAAUUUCCUUUUAAAGCCCCAAAGCGCCCAUUUUCUCUUCCAUACACUGAAUGAAGUGCCUGAAUCCCCCCCAAAAAACAUCAUCACCAGACUGCAGGGGAUUUUACAUCUUUAGAAGGGCAAUAUUAUCAUUAUGUUGUUGAAGUUUUAAAUAUUCUAUAUUCUCUGUUUUUAUCAUAAUAUAAUCUUCUCACUCCACUUAUAAUAAUGUCUGGUGACAAAGUAAAUUUUGAGUAUAAAAUGACAUCUCUAGUACAUUUGUUGUUUGGUUCAAAUUAAGUUAAUCCUUUCUCUAAAUACAUAUCUACAGUUAGAAUAGUUAAUAACUUUAAGCCUCAGAUGUAACUCACAUCUAUGUGCAUUCCUCUAACUUUCAGGGGAAAGAGAAAUGUAAUAAAAGAUUAAACAAUGGGGACACUGUGCUUCCUGACACCAUUUGCACAAAUGUGCUUUUGAAUAUGAGAGUCAUGUGAUCUCAAUUAAACCUUAUCUGCA